AUGCUCCACGAAAUCCUCCUUUCUCUCUCGGGUCAUCCAUCCGCGCUCUUCGAUGCCGAGAAACAGGAUGCCAACGCCCACAUAACCCCGGCCUCGUUCCCUCUGCUGUCGCCGCCCGAGGCCGAGCUGCUCUCCUCCGUCGCGCGCCUGGCCCGCCUGCACCGCGCCAUCCGAAACCACGCCCAGCUCAUCGCUUCCUCGCACCCCUCUACAAUAUGCCGCGCCGUCGCCACCGCCGUCAUAUCCUCACAUCUGGCCGAGUUCCAGCAGAAAAUCCUUGACGUCGAGGCGCGUAUUCUGAAGCAAGACACGAACAUGGUUGGCGCAUACAACAUCGUUCCCCUCGCGGGCAUUGUCGCAGAAUUCGACGAGUGGACGAGGCGCAUGCAGUGGUACUGGGAUAUGGCCUGCUUCAUGCUACCCAAAGAAGACGCGGAGAGGAGCAAGAGCGAGGACUCCGGAGCCUGCACGGGUGCUGGUAUGAUUGAUAGGCUCCGGCAGGAAGCGCAGACGGGGUACCCUGAUGUGGAAGCGGCUGCUUUGGAUUUGAGUAAAGUUGCAGAGACGGCGUGGUUGCGACAACUCUCGACUUGGGUCCUCUAUGGGAGAUUGCCGACGCACGGGACGAACGACUUCUUUGUCAUGCAGGUCGAAGGCGAUGAUGGAUUUGUCGAUUAUGUCUCGACCAGCAGGCUUCUGCCGAAAUUCGUUUCUUCUCGUACAGCGUCUUCCAUUCUGUUCAUCGGCAGAUCGCUCGACCAGAUCCGCAACAGAGGCGCGACAGGUGUCUCAUUGAUAGCCCCGAAGACUUCCGAGCUUGAGCUUCUACCUGUACACCUUCGCUACCUGUCCAGCUUGCAGGUACCCAUCUCUACUGCUUCCCUUUCGGAAGCAAUCUCCGCAAUUCGAAUCUCUUUGUCGAGGAAUACUCUACAACAGCUUCUGCCGCUGCCCAAGAUAUUGCAGAUCCUGUCGUUACUACAAGAAUUCUUCCUGCUGGGACGCGGCGAAUUCGCCGUUGCGCUCAUCGAGGAAUCAGACGAACGUAUACGUUCACGACACCGGAGGCCUGGCCAAAGCAAACCUGGUCGAGGUGUUCAAACCAUGCUGGUCAAAGAGGGGGAAAUAACCGCUGUUCUCUCCCGCACUUGGGCUCGCCUGGCAGCCUUGAUCAAUGACGAAGAAAUGAGCGACGAAAACUUGGACUUGGCACGCAACUUGGUGCAUCUGUCCAUGUCUAAACCUACUUCAACACGACCUUCGACCCCUGGCCGAGCCAGAGACGGCGCCGAUGCUCUUCCAAAACUGUCUAAUGUUGUCUUCAACGAUCUUCUCCUUUCGAUACCCACGUCGUUAAAGCUUGAUGUCUCACCCCCUCUUGACCUAUUUCUGGCGUCUCCGGAAGUCGACUGUUAUUCUACUAUCCAUGCCUAUCUCCUCGCUGUACGUCGUGCACAUCUGAGACUUACAGACUUGUGGAGACAAAGCAGUAUCAGAAAAGAACACCCCACUCCCAUGGGUCCACCUCUCAGCAAUUCCCCCUGGGGAGCAAGCGAGCUGAGGAAAAGGAGGCUGAGAUCAAACGCUCGCACCGUAAGCAUGCGCAAGGUGUGGGCGACGUGUGGCGCGGCCGUGUUCUUGCUGUCAGAGUUCGUUAGCUACUUCGAGGGCGAAGUGGUACAAGAGUCUUGGAAGCACUUUCGCCAGUGGAUCGUAGGAGUGGAUUCAGACAACGAACGACCAUCUCCCCCAUCGGAUUCGGACAGCGAAGAUGCACCCGAGCUGUCAAGACAGCCAACCCAGCACAGCUUGAAGCAAAGCCAGCAACUCAGUCGGCCUGCAACCUCAACAUCCAUGCGCGACUCUCGCCGCACGCCGCACGAUCCAGAGGUGCUUUCGUCCGCACACCGCCUCUUUCUCCGCUCACUGUCAUACUCGCUACUACUAACAGAUAUGCCAUACACUCACGCCCUUCGCUCUUUCCUGACCCAUGUCGACGAACUCAUUGCCUUUGUCGACCGUCUGCGCACCAUUCAAAGAAACCUCGACCUGGAGCGCGACGAGGGUGUGGUGGAUGCUCUCGCCAACUACGAGCAAGAGGAGAAAGACGUUCUCCUGGAGCUCGACCGCGCUAGGAAACGGACCGACAGCGAUCUGCGUAGCUUGGUCGCCAGGCUGCGGGAGUUGGACAAGGAGCGCGUUGGCACCGGUUUGUUCGGCAAUGGAGAGUCGAUCGGAGACUUUGAGCCGUGGAAGGGCGGUGGCGUGGAUCGUUUGUUGAUGAAGCUGGAUUUUGGCGCGAGUGCGAACGAAGUGGAUGAUGAUGAUGAUGAAGGGUUCGAUUUAAUCUAA